CGUUAAUGGAUUAUGGGCAAGUCUGUGAAGGAGCCUUGCCCUUGCCUUUCCUACCAGAAUGUGUCUCGAAGAUUAAUACAUGACAUUCUUUCUUUCUGUUUUGUUUUUAGAAACAUAAACGCAAAUGCUCUGGUUCUUUACCAUGCUUUUAUUGCACUCGGGGCAAUAAGUCCUGUAUUUUCAGCCAGCUGCCUAGGCGCACCCAGUUGACCCGGAGGUAUG